UUUUCAGAGUGAGCGCGUCGCCUCUUCCUCCUCCUCCUCCUCCUCCUCCUCUCCUCCUCAGGCCUCCUCUUUGCGGGCCGCGGUUCUGAUCAGGAAGUGAAUUUGAGGAGAACCAGCGGCUGUGGAGGAGAAUGACAUAGAGAGGGGAGAGAGACGCGCGCGCGGCUGAAAGAAGCGGGGGGAGGACUCGAGCCUGUUUGUGGAGCCGUUUCGGAGCUCUCCGGGAUCAUAGGUCCUCUGCAGCGCCACAAAAUACAUUCAACAUGCUCAUAAAGGAAUAUCGAGUGAUUCUUCCGAUCUCUGUAGAAGAGUACCAGGUUGGCCAGCUGUACUCUGUGGCUGAAGCCAGUAAGAAUGAGACGGGUGGAGGUGAGGGGGUGGAGGUGCUGAAGAACGAACCCUAUGAGAAGGACGGAGAGAAAGGACAGUACACACACAAAAUCUACCAUUUGCAAAGUAAAGUACCGUCAUUCGUCAGAAUGUUGGCUCCGUCUUCAGCCCUCAACAUCCACGAGAAAGCCUGGAACGCAUACCCUUACUGUCGCACAGUUAUCACAAACGAGUAUAUGAAAGAUAACUUCCUGAUCAAGAUCGAGACGUGGCACAAACCUGACAUGGGACACCAGGAAAAUGUCCAUGGUUUGGAUGCAGAAACCUGGAAGAAGGUGGAUGUGGUCUAUAUUGAUAUUGCAGACCGAAGCCAGGUCGAGCCAAAGGACUACAAACCAGAGGAGGAUCCAUGCAGGUACAAGUCAGUGAAGACGGGACGAGGUCCUCUAGGACCGGACUGGAAGAAGGAGCUUCCUAACAAGAAAGACUGCCCACACAUGUGUGCCUACAAACUGGUCACCGUCAAGUUCAAGUGGUGGGGUCUGCAGAACAAAGUGGAGAACUUCAUCCAAAAGCAAGAGAAGCGCUUGUUCACUAACUUCCACCGCCAGCUGUUCUGCUGGGUUGACAAGUGGAUCGAGUUGAGUAUGGAGGACAUUCGCCGCAUGGAGGAGGAGACGCGUAAGGAGCUGGACGAGAUGAGAGUGAAGGACCCGGUCAAAGGGAUGGUGGCUCUAGAAGACUGAAGUUCUGUUGGACUGCUGCUCAUCAGAAAGCCCAGAAACCAGCGGAUUCACUCUCCCUUUUGUCUCAACUGGCACGUCUGACCGGCCGGUCCACACCCCCACCUCCUGCAGUACUGCCUGGUUUACAGGGAACCAGAUCCAGUACACCCUCAGUUUUCAGCUGAUCUCCUUCUCACCACCCAUCCUCCUUUGAGUCCCAUCUGUCCUUUUAUUUUUUUCUUACAUCUGGUGUCCCCCAUUAAGGCCUCCGCCUCCUCCAGUAGCAGCAUUCUAGAUCUCCUCAACCGCUCUUCAGAAUCAUCCAGAACUCUAGACAAUAGUGAGAAAAUUGUCAAUAUCUCUGCUACUUAGGACUUAUUUCUAAUUCAAAUAUCCCACUGAUGUGUGUGUAUAUGUAUGUAUGUAUUUAAUACACAUAUAUACAUAUAUAUAAAAUAGUCUGCUAUAUACUUCCGACCAAUCAGAGUUUUUUCCUU